CAGCUGCUGAACCUGAGAGGAGGAGGAGGGAGGACCGGUCACCGGAGCCUGGGCGCACUGCGGAGGGAGUGCGGCUAUGGGCAACGCGCAGGAGAAACCCCCGGGCAGCGGAGGAGUGGCGGCAGCAGGGAACGGGACCAGGACCAGCAGAGAAGAACCCUGGAGCCRUCCAGGACAGAAGGUGGCCAACGGCACACCGGGAGAAAAGAGUAAAGCGGAGGAGCGGAGCGACUCCACAGCGGAUACGAGUUACCUGGAUGCUCCGGCGGGAGCUCUGCCUCCUCACCUGGCCCGACUCAAGAAUGAGGGGAACUACCUCUUCAAACACGGCCAGUUCGGAGACGCCUUAGAGAAGUACAGUCAGGCUAUUGAUGGAUGUGCUGAAGAAGGCAUCGACAGUCCAGAAGACCUGUCUAUUCUCUACUCYAACAGAGCCGCCUGUUACCUGAAGGAUGGAAACAGCACCGACUGUAUACAGGACUGCAGCAAGUACUUUAACACAUUCUCAUUAGUUCUGAUGUGCCUGACCCACUCUGGACGUGUGAGCGCUCUCUUUUUGCAUCACUCUGAUCCUCUUAGGGCUUUAGAGCUGCAGCCCUUCUGCCUGAAGCCCCUGCUGCGCAGAGCCAUGGCCUAUGAGUCACUGGAGCGCUACCGGAAGGCCUAUGUGGAUUACAAAACAGUGCUGCAGAUUGACACCGGCGUACAGGCGGCUCAUGACAGCGUCCACAGGAUCACGAAGAUGCUGAUCGAGCAGGACGGGCCCGAAUGGAGGGAGAAGCUUCCGGAGAUUCCCGUCGUCCCGCUGUCGGUGCAGCAGCRGCACAGGGAGAAACCCGUCAGCGCCGAGCUGGCACAGGCGCGGGCCGCCAGGGCUGCGCACGAGGAAGCCAGAAAAAAAGAGGCMCACUUUACUUUACUCAAACAGGAAGGCAAUAGUCUGGUCAGGAAAGGCCUUUUCCAGGAAGCUGAGGAGAAAUACAGCGAAUGUCUGAGGAUAAAACCCGAUGAAUGUUCCGUUUACACAAACAGAGCCAUUUGUCUCCUGAAGCUGGAUCGUUUUGACGAGGCCAAACAGGACUGUGACUCUGCUCUGCAGCUGGAUCCAUCCAAUAAAAAAGCCUUCUACAGACGAGCCCUGGCUUUUAAAGGUUUAAAGGAUUACCUAUCAGCCAGCAGUGACCUCCAGGAGGUCCUCCAGCUGGACCCGAAGGUUCGGGAGGCUGAGCAGGAGCUGGAGGUGGUGACGGGUUUGCUGAGGCAAAGCCUGCUGGACAACUCUGCGCUCACGCCAAGGGUAAGAGCUCAAACCUCUUCAUGGGAAGUGGAAAUUUGAAASGAACCAUAGAAGAAGCUGACUUUUCAUCCAUUCUUCCAGGCGUGAUGAAGUUCUGGGGUGCACAGGCACAGUGGCAUGCUAAAGKUUAAUAUCUUCUGGUAGAUCUUUCUGUUUCUGUGAAUAGUGAAAGACGUGGAGGACAAGCAGUUAAGAACCUUUUUAAAAACAUCUCCUCUUAAGUCUCCUCAGAGAUAGCUGCACUUUAAAUAUCAUCGAGCUUUUAAAGAGAGAAUAAUAAAAAAAAAGGUGAAAAUGAGAUGAAGACUAAUAAAAAUAAUCACCUGGAUGUAUGUGGAUACACGGUGGAAAUGUAAAAGGAAACCCUUUCCUGGAUCUUCAUUAGGUGCAAGAUUAGAAAUGUGCAAAUUAACAUGAAACCUUGUGCAUUUGAGGGAAAAAAAAUAGUUCCUAUAACUGUUAGGCAUGGAGGUGGACUGAUCAUAGUUUGGCCAGGGUUUAAGUGCAUUCUUAAAAACAUAUCCUUGAAUCAUGUUUGUAUUUAUUAGAAACUACAAAAAAUAGAAUCACUACAUAACGAUGCUUAAAAUAUGACAGAUGUCUUUUUUUUAGGUUCAUGCCUUCCAGAAAUCCAUUUCCUCCCCGAGCUAUUCACCGUAACAGAAAGUUCCAUUAAACUUUUGCAUGUUUCUUUCUGUUCUCCUCUGCGACGACACAAAAACAGAAACGACCGACUCCUGAGACGAGCAGCUUUUCAGCUCCGCACCAUCUGUGCACAGCAGCUCCACAGCUGCUCAACCUUACAUAACGGGACGCUUUAUUGUGGAAAAAAAAAAAAGGAUAAUGUCAAGGUACACGUGAGCUGCUCGCACCGUUUUUUAUUUUAUUAUUUUUUUCCUUCCUGUUAGGAUGUAAUAUUAAUACAAGCUGCUGUCAUGAGUUCAUAAAGGAAGGAUGAAAUAAUGUGUGCCUUAUUCAGAUUUCUACCACGUUUAGGACGAGCUGCACAGAGAUACGSAUCUUAAUUUGAAGUAAUCUACUAAAAAAACAAACAUCCAAGMUAAUUCUGUAAAAGGCCCUUUUACACAAACAAAAGCUGCUACUAAAUUGAACAUUUAAGCACCUUUUCAAGGUUGUACGAGCAGAAAUCGCAGCAGGUUCUAAACACUGGUUCUGCUCAGCUCAACACUUUCCUCCUGCUGACGUUUGGGUUACUUUGUUCGUCAAUAAGAUGAUUGUGGUUCUCUGGUCAUAUGUAGUGUUUAACUUCUUAAUGCUUUUUGAUCUGCUCCCAUCUUCUUUAUUGCUCAUCUUAUUUCUUGUMAUAUGUUUGAACAAAAUCCACACAAAUUUAGAAUUAAGUCAAUUAUACUGUGGUUUGUAUUUUCACCUUGUGAGCCUGACGGUUGAUAUAGUCACAGUGAAAUGUGCUCCAGUAGAACCACAGAGAAAUGUGGCUUUUAAUGUUUUAGGAGCUAUUUAAAAGUGUUUAAACUUAUUUUAUUAACACACUAAUUAAAAAAAACUGGAAUAUAUUCAUAUUAAACCCACAGUUUGAGUUAUCAGGAAAAAAAAAAGGCUGCAGAUGGAAAAAUGUGUCUGACAAACGCCUUUAUGUACUCCAAAAUUAAAACAAUAAAAAUAUGGGAAACAUUUAUAUAACGUUGUGAAUUUAAUUAUAGUGAUGCAGUUCUGCCUUAGCUAUUUUGUAUUAUAUCAUCAUAUCUGGACCUUUUUUUUUCCAGUUGGAAAAAGAUUCAAAUUUGCCUUGGUAAAUAUAAAUUUUUUAAAAACAAAUCUAGCUUGUUUUAUUUGAAUUUACUCCAUAUAUAGUUAAUUAAACACAUUCAGUGACACCACAAUUGUAGAAACUUUAUCUUAUGACAAACUUGCUAAUUGUUUGUUUUUAGAGUGUAUUUUAAUAUGGACUACUAAAAAUAAAUCAAAGUUUAUAGAGCAUCACUGUAAGGAUUGAUGAUGAUGUGUUUCUACCUCUGAAGGCUAAAAAUGUAACGAUUUAAUCUUACACCCACCUCUAUAAAAAGAGUAAUUUCUCAUUUAACUAAAUGUCACGAGAGUGAGUCUAAUAAAAAAUAAAAUCCUUCAUCUUUAAGACUAUUUUAUCCAACAAACACCUGGUGGUUCUCUCUGCUGGAUGACUGUAUUUUGACCAGACUCACACGGUGAAACUACACGUUAUUUUGUUAGAAAACAGUUUUCAGUUCUUUACUGUGUUCGAAUAUUGGAAUAUGCCAUCUUUUGAUAAAAUGAUGACAGAUAAGAAUAAUUUAAAUGAAGGCAAACAAAAUCUCUCUUCAUCCCUCAACCAGAAAGGAAAUGUGAAUCUUUGGAUAGCACAAUGUGCCACAACCUUCAUCUUUUUUUUGUCAAAAUAGAUAACUUCUUUAAACCAGAAAGAGUGUAAAGCUUUAUUCUUUCAAGCGAUGUUUGUAUUGCUACUUGGAAUGUAAAAGCAUGUACUGUAUGUAAAUAGACUGAGUAUAAGUGUAAAUAAACUACAGUGAAUGCUUUCA